UGAUGGACCAGAAACUUCUACAAAGGUAGAAGAAAAAGUAGAAGAACAACGAACAUCAUCAAGUGCAGACAUGAACAUGCUGUUAGUGGCUUUUAGGCAAAUAAUAGCUGAAAAUAUAUCACAAAUAACAGAAAAUGCAGUGCAAACAGAAAAUCGUCUGGCACAGCAAAUAGCCGAAAAUAUAUCACAAAUAACAGAAAAUGUAGUGCAAACAGAAAAUCGUCUGGCACAGCAAAUAACGCAAAUAGCUGAAAAUACAACACAGUUAGAGUCUCGCCUUACACAACAAAUGACUGAAAAUAAUACGCAGUUAGAAAAGCGUUUGGUACAACAGAUUACAGAAAAUAAUACACAAGUGCAAGAGAAAUUUUCAAAAUUUGAAGACGAAUUAAGCACAAUAAAAAAUGACGAAGAAAAUUUAAGAUCAGAAUUUCUUCAACUGAGUAAUCGUAUGCGAGAACUGCAACUGCAUGGCCCUGCACCAUCAACAAAUAAUCCAAGACUGAAGGCACCCACAUUCGAUGGAAGUAUUCCAUUUCAAAUUUUCAAACUUCAGUUUGAAAAGACAGCAAUGGCCAAUAACUGGAAUGCAGCGGACAAAGUGGCGUCCUUGUUUGUAUCAUUGAAAGGACCUGCGGCAGAAAUCCUUCAGACUAUUCCAGACUGUGAACGGGACAACUAUGAGGCAUUGAUGAGUGCGAUAGAAAGACGAUAUGGUAGUGAGCACCGGAAACAAAUAUACCAGAUCGAACUGCAAAAUAGGGGUCAGAAGAUGAACGAGUCAUUACAAGAGUUCGCAACUGAAAUCGAACGACUGGCUCAUUUGGCAAAUGCAGAUGCACCUGUGGAAUACAUUGAGAGGGUAAAAAUUCAAUGUUUCAUAAAUGGAAUUCGUGAUGUGGACACCAAACGCGCCACAUAUGCAUUGCCAAAAAGAACGUUUGCUGAAACGGUUUCGCACGCCCUCACACAGGAAACAGCUUCCCUACUAAGUAAACCAGCACCCAAAGUACAAAGGGUUGAAAUGGAACAACCGGCGCUGAUGGAGGAAAUAUUGAAGACUCUGAAGACAAUUGCUGCACCGCGAGUAAAUACAACAGGCAGAUGUUUCAACUGUGGAAAAGCGGGUCACUUUGCCCGAAAUUGCAAUAUAAAAGUAAACCCAUCAAAACGGAAACAACCAACAGAUAACGAGGACGGAGCAUCCACAUCUCACAAGUCGUUAAACUAAAACGGAACAGUUCAAAGGGGCGUGAGCUGGUUCCCACAACUAUUUGCCCCGCCAUCUCGAUAUCACAAAUAGGUCGCCAUGACAACAAUCUUACUAUCAACGGCAUCGUAAAUGGACGACUGUCAACGCUUACUUUGGAUACUGGUGCCACACAUUCAAUUAUCCGACCGGAUGUGGUAAGAGGAACGGUUGAACCAUUAGUCGGUUGCAAGCUUCGAACGGCCACCGGGGAGGAAGCAGCUGUCGCGGGAAAAGUGUUUUGCGAAGUGAUGAUUGGUACCCUGGAAGUUAAUCACACCUUCAUCGUAGCAGAAAUCACGGACGAAAUUAUAAUGGGAGUAGAUUUCAUGAUUGAUCACGGGGUUACUUUGGAUUUAAACAAGCAAAUGCUGUUUUGCCAGAACAUGGAGAUGCCUAUAAACACCGGAUAUGUGACCAACGUUGAAAGUAAGAGGGUGAUUGUUGAUGAUAAUCAGAGUAUUCCACCAAAAUCUGAGGCGAUUGUAUGGGCUAAAGUGAAUGGAGGAGGUGGGACUGAAGAGUUGUGGAUUGUGGAACCAACAAAAAUAGAUACACCCAUAUUGGUAGGAAGAACGCUUGUGAAAACUAGAGAAGACGCCACCAUUCCAGUCAGAGUAGUGAAUGAAUUCAACACGCCUAUAAGUCUGAAGAAAGGAGCAGUAAUUGGACAGUGCCAGAAUAUAAGUGCAAUAGCACGAUGCGAACGGUCACAACAGAAGCCUACUAUUGAGCCACAGCAGAUAAGUCCUACACUCCUAAAUAAUUUGCUGAACGAACUGCCUGGAAAUGAAAAAUUAAAAGCAGAAAAACUAUUAGAAAAAUACGCAUCCAUAUUUGCAAACGAAGGAAACACAGGAAGAACCGGCAUUGUCAAACAUCGCAUAAAUACCGGAGAUGCUAAACCAAUCCGACAAGCUCCGCGUAGG